AUGGCUAGCUCUGAACUAUUGGCACAAAUACAGGCUGGAAAGAGGCUAAAGAAGGCGACUACCAAUGAUCGAAGUGCCCCAGCUCUAGACGGUCCAAAGGGGGGAGGUGGUAGUGGUGGCGGCGGGCCUUCGCUAUCGUCUUCCUCUGCUGGAAUGGGUGGGCCUCCACAACUGGGCGGACUCUUUGCUGGAGGGAUGCCCAAACUGAAACCUGCGGGGCAAACUGCGCUUGCAAAACCACCCACGAUUGGCAAGCCUCCGGUUGUGCCAAAGGCAUCACCUGCCAGACCCACCCCAAGUGCUCCUCCAACUCGAGCCGUGCCCCCUCCCGCAGCUCCCGCUUUACCAUCACGUGCUGUUCCAACGCCUAGUGCCCCCAAUCGAGCAGCGCCUGCAUUACCAGCUCGGUCAACUCCGGACCCACCCAGGCCAGUUCCUCCUCCCCGAGCGGUGCCUUCUCUGCCUCCCAGAAAUACGUCACCGGUCUCCCGGCCCGUCCCGAGCCGAGCAGUCCCCACUAUCCCUCCCCGCAGUCCAGUGACAAGCUCACCAACCAAAGCAAUUCCAGGCCGUGCACCGCCCCCGCCCCCUCCCCGACCAGCUAGUACUGUUGUCCCUUCCCCGACAACGAGCAGAACUGUCCCUCUACCACCACCGCGUAAACUGGCUGCUCCACCUCCCCCACCACCAACUAGGGCUCGUGCUUUGUCAGAUGCGGAACCGACAGAACCAACACCUCCACCUCGAUCAAGUUUAGCUCCGCCCCCAGUCCGACAAAGAACCGUUUCUGCAGGAAGUCAGCCAAAUGGAGUCAUGAAUGCUAGACCCAAUCCUCCUCGUCGCAAAAUCCCUUCUCCGCCUCCAAACGUUGGUCCCCAUACAUUUCCCGUUUCUGGUUUCCCAGAGCCAAAGCAGUUCGAUGGCGGUGCUAGGCGGUAUCCGAGCGGAGCAGUGAAGGGCUCACAAUUCAGCCUAGAUACCUUGUAA